UACAAAUUUGAUUUGUAAGAGGGUCAUUUUGACAAAUUCCUCUUCCCUAACUCUAAUAUUUCCUUCUCGAUUUUGAACGGUAACACUCAGACAGCCAUCUUCACCACCACGCACGGUGUCGGUCGGCAACUCUCCUCUCACGUACGGCGUCGUUGGUCGGAAAAGGCUACGCAGAAACUCACAGAGAAAUUUUUUAGGGUUCUUUUCUGAAGGAAUGGCGUUCGCAGGUCGUAUGAGAUCGACUCUCCCACUCGCUUCUAAGCUCAUCACUUCAGAUUCCCUUGCCACUGCCAGUAGAUCAACCCCUCAAAGAGCUCUACUUUCCCCUAUUUUCACCGAUUCCGAGAUCUCCAGGAAUUUCUCAACUGAAGCUGGGAAAAAGGAAGUAAAAGUUAAGGUUCCAUUGGCUUUGUUUGGGGGCUGUGGGAACUAUGCCUCUGCUUUGUACGUGGCAGCAGUAAAAACUAAUGCCUUGGAUAAGGUUGAGUCUGAGCUUAAUGAUCUUGUCGAGGCUUCAAAGAAAAGUCCUGUGUUUUCUCAAUUCACCAAGGAUCCAUCAGUUCCUGCAAAGACUCGAGUGAGUGCAAUUGAUGACAUAUGUAUCCAAGCUAAACUUUCAGAUGUUACAAAGAACUUCUUGGUUAUUGUGGCUGCAAAUGGUAGGCUAAGAUACAUUGACAGUAUAGCAAAGAAAUUCGAAGAGUUGACCAUGGCUCACAGAGGUGAAGUGAGAGCUAUUGUAACAACUGUCAUUCCCAUUCCACCUGAGGAGGAGAAAGAGUUGAAGGAUGCAUUGCAGGAUAUCAUUGGUCAUGGGAAGAAGGUUAUUCUUGAACAGAAGAUUGAUACCAGUAUUCUGGGUGGGCUCGUGGUAGAAUUCGAUAGGAAGGUGUUUGACAUGUCUAUUAAGACUAGGGCGCGUCAAAUGGAGAGGUUCUUGCGUGAGCCAAUAAACAUUGGCAACCUCUAAAAGGUCUGGUCUACCUACAUCAUUAAGGCCUUUUUCACCUCUUUUUGCAUCUGUAUCAGUUUCUCUUGAAGCUUCAAGGAAGAGAUUAUUUUUUAUUUUUGGUUCUUGAACCGCGUCUCUUUAAUGACAGUAUCCGGCGGAUGGAUGCUUUCAAUUUGCAAAUAAAAGCUUCAUUUUUCAUAUUUUCUUUGUCAUUGUUAAAAACUUAACUUGAAUGGUGUUUUUACUAUUGAAAGGCAUAAAUUGUCUAAUUGUUCUUCAGAUCAGGGAAUGUAUAAAAAUAUGUUUUUUUCAGUC